CUGAGCAGCAGUAGCAGUAGCAAAUGAUUUGGUGAGGACGAACCAUCCGGAAGGUGACCCGUCCCUUUUCCCUUACCUCACCUCACCUUCUUCGUCUACCUUCCUUCAUUCACUUGGCCUAUAGAUCUCCUCCCUCCAAGGACUCUCACUCAGCAAGCGCACGGUCGGAAUCCAAUCCAAGCACCUCAGCUAGCUCCAAGAACAGCCGCCAGCCAGCGCACUCCUCGUCCCCGGCGCGCGCGCGGCAAUAAUGUCUUCCAACGGCAAGCCCAAUCCGCAGCCGCCCGCCGCUGCCGCGGCCACCAAUGGCGCCGGCGCCGGGGGCCCGCCCAAGAUGUACCAGCGCCCCAUCUACCGCCCGCAGGGCCCCGCCAAGGGCCGCCGCGGCGGGGGCGGGCGCUCCUCCUGCCGCUUCAGCUGCUGCUGCUGCUUCUUCUGGGCCCUGCUCGUCGUGCUCCUCCUCGCCCUCGUCGCCGCCGUCGCCGGCGGCGCCUUCUACCUCCUCUACCGCCCCCACCGCCCGGCCUUCACCCUCUCCGUCGCGCGCGUCAACAAGCUCAGCCUCUCCAGCUCCGCCACGGCGCCCGCGCUCACCGACUCCAUCGACUUCACGCUCACCGCCAAGAACCCCAACAAGAAGCUCGUCUACCUCUACGACGACUUCACCGUCACCGCCGCGACGGCCGCCAACGCCGUGCCGCUCGGGGAGGCCACCGUGCCCGGGUUCGCGCACGAGGCCAACAACAUCACCGUCAUCAAGGCCACCGUCUCCGCCGCCGCGCUCGGGGUCGACCCCACCGCGGCCAGCUCCGACAUCAAGAAAUCCGGCACGUUCGCCAUCACCCUCGACCUGGAGACCAAGGCGGGCGUCAAGGUGGGCGGGCUCAGGACAAAGAAGAUCGGCAUCCAGGUGCACUGCGAUGGCAUCAAGGUGUCCGCGCCCGCACCGGCACCGGCCAAGAAGGGGAUAAAGCUCACUACCGCAAAGGCGCCAGCGAAGUCGCCAGCCGUUGUGGAGGCCCCGGCGCCGUCCACUGCCGCCGCCGACGACGCGACCACCAGUCCCCCGGCGGCGACCACCGUCGCGCGCGUGUGCCAGGUCAGGAUCCGAGUCAAGAUCUGGAAGUGGACCUUCUAGUGACAUCACAAACUCAUAGGGGCUGCAUUGCAAAGACAAAUCAGACAAAAGAGGGUUACUUUUACUUUUCCUCCUGGGACGCGGUGGGGCGUAUAGUAGAAACCAAAUCAACCGUCGGUUGCUGUAAAUUUUUUCCACAUUUGAAUUUUACGAAAUUUGGCGGGGAAGGGAAGGAGUGAUGCGAGGUGGUAUGUGUGAGGCUUGAGAUAUUUGUUUAUUUUUUUUAUUUUUCCUAUUUCUUUUUGUUACUACCUUCUUUUUUGUUAGUGCCGGUACAACCUGGGGAUUUGUUCUGUUUAACUCUGUACUACGAAUCUAUCUGAAUUGUAAUUGGUAGCGACCAUGUAUUGCUAA